AUGAGCGCUUAUUCAAGAGUUCCCCAUUCCGAAGACGACGUCCAAGUAAUAGAACUUCAAGUCCCUUCUUCGAACGCUGAAGCCUCCACUUCAAGUUCUUCAAAUACAGCACAAGUUGUUGAUAAUGAAAUAAUAGAAACUGAGCUUACACCUAUGAUUAUUGAGGAAAUUGUAGAAGGAUCUACUUCAGCUGAAAACGAAAAUGUUGCGGAAGAUAAUUUUAACAGCGGGGGCACUAGAUUUUCUAUAUUAAAAAAGAUUAAGAGGAAGAUUAGUAGUAGCCAGCCUAAUAAUAACCAGCCUGCAGCUUUACCUUCAAGCACUGAUGGCGUCUUUUCAAACUUGUCGGCUAAACCUGACACAUUGGCUGAUAACGAAGACAAAAAUCCACCGCCUUAUGAAACCGCAGCAGCCGAUGCAGCCCCACCUUACAUGGAUACGGCUACUAUGACAUCUGGUUUAUGCGGAGACGAAAUGCUUGUCGAGGGUUUGCCCGUAGGGAAUUUCUUCGGUUUCGUUUGGAACAUGCUUGUAUCCAUGAGCUUUCAAUUUGUCGGAUUUUUGCUCACCUAUCUUUUACACACUACUCACGCUGCCAAGAACGGUUCCCGGGCUGGUUUGGGCAUCACACUGGUACAGUAUGGAUUCUACCUUCGUGGUAGGUCGCUUCAAGAUGAAGGUGAUUACCCUUACGACGAUACAGAUAUUAGCGACAAGGAACUAUUGGCUCGUAAUGCAUGGAUAAGCUACAUCCUCAUGGCUUUAGGAUGGUUCAUUGUUAUCCGAAGUGUCACGGACUAUAUCCGGGUUAAGAGGUUGGAGUCAACCAUGAGAUCAAAUCCUGAAGAAAAUGUGUAA